AUGAUUAUUUUUUUCUGUUUUUUUUUUCUUUCUGCUUCGUUCUUUCUUUUUUUAUUUCCUUUUGUUCUUUCUCAGUUUCUCUUUUUUGUUUUUCUAUUUUCACUUUCUUUUUGUUUUUCGCUUACUUUUCCCUUAUCUUUACUGUAUCUCUUUCUUUUUCUAUUUCUUCCUGUCUUUUUCGGCGUUUUCUUUUUCUCUUUUUUGUCUUCUUUCUGUUUUUCUUUUCUCUUUUUUUUCUUUCCAUUUUACAUUUUUUUUUCUUGUCUCUUUUCCUUUUUUCUUUUUUUUUUCUCUUUUUUCUUGUCUUUUCUUUAUCUAUUCCUUUUCUUUCGGUGGGCUAUUUUCCUUUUUCUUUUGUCUCUUUUUUAUUUAUUCUUUUUCUUAUUUUGUUUUUCUUCGCUAUUUUUGUUUUCUCUUCAUCCUUUUUUCAUGAUUUUUACUAUUUCUUCCUUUUUCUUUUCUCCUUCUUUGCGAGUUUUCCCUUUCUUUCUUCUUUAUCUUGUCGUUUUAUUUUAUUUUUCCUAUUUUUCUUGUCUCUUUUUGCUUUUUUCUGUUUUCUCUAAUUUUUCCUUUUUUCCUCUUUUUACUUCUUUCUUUCUUUUUCUUGACUCUUUUUUCUUUUUGCUUGUCUAUUCCGUUUUUUAUUUUCUUCUCUUUUCCGAUUUCUUCUUUUUCUUAUUUUAUUUUCUUAUUCUUUUUCUUUUUAGUUAUAUCUUCUUUGUUUCUAUUUUUCUUUCUUUUUACAACUGCUUCGUUUUUAGUUUUCGUCUCCUUCUUUAUCUUUUUCUGUUUGCUUUUACUAUAUUUAACCUUUUUUUUAUGAGAAUGGUUCGACACACAAUUCUCACAAAGUUAAACAAGCGGACCAGCGAACCACGUUUCCAGAACAGAAGCGCAACGACUCGUUGCUCCCGAAUUUCCACGGUGAGUGUCCAGAGACAUAUCGUUUCACCGACCCUGUCCGGCAGUAAUAUGCACCAAGAAUUGCUGACACCCCGAGUAUCGUGGGAACUACGACCUUACACCGAGCAGCUCCAUCGGCGACAGAAGCCUGACUCUAUUCAGCGACAGUGA